CGGACCCCGGCGCUCCCCCCCCUCCCCGGCCGGCCACUCAGAGCCCGUCCUCCGCCAUCAACUCGCAGCGUCCUCGGACACCUCCAAGGCCCCCGCCGCCGCCCCAGCGCCGCGCAGCCGCUAUCGCCGCCGCCUCUUCUCAACCACCCGCCAUGAUGACCGCGUCCGCCUCGCAGGUGCGCCAGAACUACCACCAGGACUCAGAGGCCGCCAUCAACCGCCAGAUCAACCUGGAGCUCUACGCCUCCUACGUGUACCUGUCCAUGUCUUUCUACUUUGACCGAGAUGACGUGGCUUUGAAGAACUUUGCCAAAUACUUUCUCCACCAAUCUCACGAGGAAAGGGAACAUGCUGAGAAACUGAUGAAGCUGCAGAAUCAACGAGGUGGCCGCAUCUUCCUUCAGGAUAUUAAGAAACCAGACCGCGAUGACUGGGAGAAUGGGCUGAACGCAAUGGAGUGUGCAUUACACUUGGAAAAAAAUGUGAAUCAGUCACUACUGGAACUGCACAAACUGGCCACUGACAAAAACGACCCCCAUUUGUGUGACUUCAUUGAGACGCAUUACCUGAACGAGCAGGUGAAGUCCAUCAAAGAAUUGGGUGACCAUGUAACUAACUUGCGCAAGAUGGGAGCCCCGGAAUCUGGCAUGGCAGAGUAUCUCUUUGACAAGCACACCUUGGGAGACAGUGAUAACGAGAGCUAAGCUUGAGGCUAACUUCCCCAGGGCCACGGGGUGACCUCCCUGCUCACCAGGGCAGUGCAUGCAUGUUGGGGGUUUCUUCUACGUUUCCUAUAAGUUGUACCACGACAUCCACUUACGUUCUUUAAUUUGUACCAUUCCUUCAAAUAAAGAAAUUUGGUACCCA